CUACAGGUAGUCUUUGAGUGUCUUGGCCUAAACCGGCUUCCGUUGUGAUAGAUUCUCCUCUGCGCGUGCGUGUUCGGCCAGCGUAAGAAAAUGGCAGACGUUUCUUUGGAUGAAGUGAUACGACAGCGCGGUAUAAACCUCAAAGCUCAGGCCAAACGACCAAUGUUUGGACGGGGUGUAGGAACCAAGAGCUUUGAUGCCCGGCAGAGGAUUGGGGUCAAUGACGUCCGACAGCGUCUUGGAGGAGGAACAGGUUUCCAAGUAAAAGAUGCAAGAGAAAAGCUUGGACAAAAAGAUGCCCGUUUCAAAAUCCGUGGUCGGGGAGGUGCUGGAGGAGUACAGGAUGCAAGGCAGAUGAUUAACUCACGCAAACAGGGGCAAAAUCCAUUGGGUGUUCCUGUGCAAACCACACAAAAUGCAGCUGGACCUUAUAAACUACAGACACUUGUUCCACAAAUACAAAUACACACCAACAGUGUUGCUGGCGCAAACUCAAGGCAGUUUACGCCCACUAUACCGUUAUUGAGCGUGAGGGGAGGUGCUACACCUCAGCUGGUCAGUAGCAAAAGAAUACUGGAUGCACGUGAUAGAUUGAGCCUGAAGAGGAGUGUUGGUGGGACACAGCAGUCUGCUGCUGCCCCACCACUAAAGAUAACAAAGACCAUUCAGCAACGUCCACUCAGCGUUACACCUGGCAUCCGUGCAACUACACAGCCUGGCUCACAUGACCCCAAUAUGGCCGCCAGUAAACAAAUUAAGAUAACAACUUCAAACAAUUCCCUACGGCCUAGUCCAGUUGGGUCCACAUACUCCAUGUCAGCCCCCAUCACCAAGGUGGUUAAAAAUGAUGCCUACACAGCGCCUCGCCCCCCUGUCCUUGUGGCACCAACUCGGCCCAACAGCAGCACGGCUCCUGCGCGAUCUUCAACUGCAGCUUUGCAGCCUGUCACUAGAAGACUUCAGCAAAACACAGCAGAGGCCAGCACAGCAGUUCCAACCCCCCCUCAGCCGACCUUUAGUCCUUUGGAAGGGACAAAAAUCACAGUAAACAAUCUUCAUCCCAGGGUCACUGAGGAAGACAUAGUUGAACUGUUCUGUGUAUGUGGUGCCUUGAAGAGGGCACGGCUGGUCAAAGUGGGCGUGGCCGAAGUUGUGUUUGUUCGUAAAGAAGACGCUGUGAGCGCAUACAGGAAGUACAACAACCGUUGCCUGGAUGGUCAGCCCAUGAAGUGUAAUCUUCACAUACAGGGAAACGUCAUCACGUCUGAUCAGCCCAUUCUGUUGAGGCUCAGUGAUACUCCUGGCUCGGGCAGCAGCACCAAGAAAGAUGGCCUGCCCCCCUCCCUGUCUCGUCCCGCUGGUCAACGAGCCUCUUCACAGCCAACACCAGAGGUGGACCCUCAAACCAUCCUCAAAGCUCUGUUCAACUCCACUGCACAGUCCAGCUCCACCACUGAGCCUUCCAGCUCUCAGGCUGCCACAGCCUUUCGCAUCAAGAUAUAACUUGUCUUUAGUGUGAAUACAUGUACUUCUGCUUUCUCAGUGUCCACGUGCAAACUGUGGUUCUCACCCUGACAGCAGGCGGCCUCUAUUACUGCAAUUUUUACACAUUUGAUAUACACGGCUGAACAUGGAGAACCUGGAUAUCGACUUCCUGAUUUUGUUAUGUGGUCAACUGUGUGUUUCUAGGAUGUACUAGUUGGAAGGAAAUGUGAUAAUUGUUGUGAUCUGACAGAUUUUUCAAAUCAAAUGGGGGUUUUUUUUGUUUUGUUUUGCUCUUGUAUUGGCCCAUGUGUACAUUUCUCACAUUAUGUUGACUUUUUAUAUGCCACAGGAAAAUUUACUAAUGCCCACACAUGGAAAAAAAGACUUAGAACUGUAUUUAACACUGACCAGGAGAAGCAAUGUCAUUGAGAGAUGCGUAAAUGUCCGAAGCCUGUACUUUUUUAAAAUUCUUCCUGCCAAAUAAUGAAAAUAAAACAUGUUUGGACCAUUAAAGAAACUUUAAUAACUUAUUUACAUUUUUGAAUUACUCCCUAAAAGCUGUGUUACCUGAGUGUUCUCUGCUAAAGUUAAAUUCAACUUCAGACAAUGUUUAAAUACAGGAAGGAUAUUAACAAUAAAACAUUUUAGUUUAAAAAUUCUGGAGCAACCAUUACGCUAUCUUUUUUUUUAAUCAUAAACUUGUGUGCUGUUCUCAGCUGGUUUUACUCGGUUGUUUUUUUUUAAACGGUAUGUGAACUCUUUCUGUACACUACUUUAUAUUCUUUACCAGUGGCUGUAAAUGUCUUUUCUGUUGAUUUUGUCAGUGAUGAGGAUAAAAAGGAGGAUGAUAUGGAAUACCCACUAUUAAAUGUUUAGCCUUG